AGGCUCAAGCGAACCGAGUCGAAGAAGUCGUGGCCAUGCGAAAGGGCUUCGAUGAAUUGGAAGUGCUCUUGAAGCAGGAUGACGCCAUCAUGAAGAAGGCUUACAUGUACAGCCGCUUAUCUGCCGCAGUCAUCAGCCUAGAGGAAGCACUGCUACAUGGGGGUGCCAAGAAGGAGUUGGACACCCUGAAGCAAGCAGCCCAGGAGGCUGGAGAUCCCUUUCUUUGCAGCCUGCUGGAUGCACUGCCUCCGCCAACGGUGGAGCGCCUUGGCCUUGCGCGGCCAGUGCCCACGGAGUCCGGACUUCGUUCGAUGCUCUCGGAGCUCGUGAGCAGUUGGGCUGCUGAGGCCUUGGUGCCUGCAAAGGGCCUCUUGGGGAAGCUGGUAGGCCGUGCCUUCAGACAGCUGUACAUCUUGGAUGGUGAAGAACUCUCCAUGCCAGAGGAGUCGGAAGUGGCGCGGAACCUGCAACUGCUGGGGGCGGCCAGGUCGGUAGAGCUUCGAGAGGCUCUGCCGUUGCUGGCGAAGCUCCAGGGCUCCCCGAAGACCGCGGCCGCCGCCGCGCUGGAGGAAGCCCAGCGGCUGCUGCACCUCAGGCAGACGCUCUGGGCCGUGAAAGCUCGGGUCCGUUGUUUGAAUAGCAUGCUGGCCUGAACGAGCUGGAUCCAGGAACCUAUGCCGCCCUUGGCCCUCGCUGGGAAACGAGCAAACUAAGUUCAUAGCGCACCACCCAAAGCAUGGCUACCCC